AUGGAGUCAGAGGAGGAUUACGAACUCAGGCUCCGCCAACACAUACGGAACCUCCUCUUGGACUACGCACUUACUCACCUGACUACUAACUAUGUGACCUUCACCCAAGACGCCGUUUCCGAGCUGCUAUCUGGGUAUCUUGUUCCAAUCCCGGAAGUAGAACCCAACACGCUUGUUCUGCCCGCAGAGCCGUUUGCAGUCCUCUCAAAACGUCUUCAGUUGAAUGAACUACCCCUAUAUGAGGAGAAAUGGAAUCUUGCGGGCGUCGAAGUGGCUUCGCAUAUACGAGAUACUCUCACUAGAAAGACUAAACCGCCGUCCGUCGCCUGCUGGAUCGUGGAAGACGAAUAUGAUUAUAUGACUUCAAUGUACCGCCCAAUGUCUCCCAUCUUGACACGACGUGCUAUGCACGAGACGCCGAAGCCGGGCCACCUUACUGACCAGUCCAACUUACCGCAAAGCAGUGCGGAUAUCAUAAGCAAGUGUUCUAUCCGACCUGUAGAGGAGCAGGUUCUGGACGAGCCCUCAAUCAAUGUCGAGGAGGUACUGCGCCUUAAACCGGCGCUUAAUGCCGAGAUGUGCGAUGGCAUAAGAGCUCUGAUCCAAACAAUCCCGAGCCUCUCUGCGCCUCGUGCUUCGGAGAAAGAUAAAGUGAGCUCACGCGCCAACGACUUCCUUCGAGCACAUUCACCGCCUCCCAUCCUACGCCUGGAGGAGGAGUUUGUCCCUCUUUUUCCGAGGGCGUCUCAUCCUAAAGCAGGGCCGCGGGCGAAAAAUGCUGAAAGGCAGACACCCUCGGUGCUCAAAUCGGUUGCGGAAUUGCCUAUCAUGAUUCCGCCAGCGGAGAUCAAGGAGGAGCCCGAAGAAGAGUUGUUCAAGCAACAUAUGAGAGUCGUUGAUGGAUGGAACACAUAUGCACCAACUCCAUGCUCAAGUCUGGGGACCCCGUCGCUCGAUGACAAUACUAGUGAGGUUGACGAGUUAUUCAUGCCAUCUCCCGAGAAGGCAAUGCCUAUACAAGCACUGUUAUCGGCCAGAAUGGAUGAAGUUGAGAUUCCCCGUUCAAGGAAACGUGGCGGAGCAAGAGCAAAGCCUAGGGGUAUCGGUGCCGGGACCAGUUUGCACUCUUUCCUGGCGCCAAUGCUAAACAUGCCUGAGGCGAUAACAAAUGCCGAACCACGUAUAGUGACUACACCCAAAUCUCAGCCAUCUUCGCCGCGUACUACUAUCACGGCCUCCAUGCUUGGCCAAGCUCCUGUCAGCGAUUCCUUCGAAGACAUUUCUACCGAGCAUAGGCAGCUCCUCCAAGACUCCGAUGAUACAGCUGGCGAUGAUUUUGAUCAAGUAGUCCGGAAACUGUACAGAGACGUGAAAGGCUUGGAACCUGACGACUUGAUAAUGAAGGUGAAACUGGAUGAACGCGAGUGCCAUCUCAUGGAUGUGCCGAGGCUUGCGUCCCCGACGGUGCAUGAUCCCAGCCGAUGGAUUCCGACGAGCUUCGAGUCUCUGCUCGCCCUUCAGGUGAAGAAAGGGCAGCCCGAAAGCAAGGACGAAGAUGAGAAGGGUGAUCUCGCUUUCCUAUCUAAAGUCAAGGGUCUCAAGUCGCUCAAUCUGGAACUGAGCUGGAGGCCCUUCAAAUUCGGACCUCGGGUUCCCACUCACGAAGAAGUCAUUGGCAUAGCUGAGAACGCUGGGGACGGUGCACUUACCGAGCAAGAGCGCGUUAACGGGGAAACGGCGGCAAUUGCGGCGAGGAUAAACGACGUCCUUGAGGCUGAGGGCACUGCGACGGCUCGAGACCACAGAAGCUGGAGAUCGAUGACCGAAGGAUCUCCCACCAUGGAUUUGGCAACUGACGAUGCAAGGAGCCCCUUCAACCCAAUCUUGACGAGGAAAGACCGGCGGAAUGCCUCGAAACUUAUGCGGGGUGAAGAACUUCAGACCCUGCAAGGACAAGGGGUGCAUACAGAUGAUGAUGGUCUGGACUUAACGGACGAGGAACAUGAGGUCGAACAGGUUCUGCGCUCUGCUAAAAGGCCACGGCUUCACUCCCCCAACAGGAAAAGCUUUGACGGGUAUGAUACCAGGGAUCUGGACAUGUUUUCUGGCGAUCAUAUCUGCACCGACGAUUCCGGGGUCGGGCUUAUGGAUACCCGCCACCUGGACAGACUGGGGCCAAAUACGUCGCAAUUAAAAGCGGGAGAUCCACGCGGGCUAGCGGACCGUGACCAGGACGCUUGCCAGAGUCUGUCUCAAGGGGUCGCAAGGAACAACCGAGUGCUGAUGGAUGACUAUCUUGACGACCUGGCUCUGGCUGCUCCUCUCCACGGAGAUGACUUUGGGCUUCAACUUCCGACAUUGAAGUGGACAAACUCUCUUUCUGCACCUGAUGGACCUGUGCAGCCCGAAAUGGCUCCUGAUACACCAUUGGGACUCCCGCUUUCGCCCUCUGAUAGCUUUGCUGCGCAACAUCAGCAGCCUGCAUUCUCUAUAACUGCGUCUGACUUGGCCUCGUCUACCACUCUCCAUGGGACCAUUGACAAGAUUAUACCUGAAAAGCCGCACUUCGAGUCGGACGAAGUACUUUCUGCUCGACAACGUCUAGCUGAGUUCAUACGUCUGCGCUCUAAGCGUGUUCCUGUUGCAGAAGUUGAACAACAGGAAUCUUCACCCAAGCAUGCCGUUGAGCCUCGGAUCGCACCCGAUGCGCCUGUGCCUCCUCCGCAAGUGCCUCAUGAGUUACUGGAUCGUACGACGCUCACGGCUCCUCGAGAUUGGGCGACAGAUGCUAGUGUGCAUCGUUAUAUGGCAUCUUUGGAACUGAUUCAGAAGCGCGGUCUUAUUCGCUACUUGCAAUCCGAAGUAUCCAAUGUCGAUGUAGUCGAGAGAGAUAGCCUUGGCGAGGCAGACAUGAUCUUGGAUCCAGACACCUGUAUCGUCUUCGUUUCUCUCCCUUCUCUUCCUGCUCAGUGCGAGGCGACUACGAAAAGGCUCAGUGCACUCUCAUGGCGCUAUAGAGACAUUCUCGUUCUAUUCGAAGCUUUCCCUGCAUCUCGUGCGUAUGGCUCUGCCCAUCGCGGUGCUGUGGCUCCUCUCGAACUCAAUGUGUUUUCUGCUCCGGUUGUGAAGGCGAUCAAGAAACUACGAAGAGAUCUGGGCAUUGCUGAGGUCUACGAGCAGAAGCGAGCAGGCGUUCAGAUCCACUCCGCCUUUGCGCUAUCCGUGAAGGAGGCUGCGGUCUUCGUCCGUGUAUUCGGCAACAUGGCUGAGGCAGCGGAUACCACCGGUGGAAUGAUAUGGGGCGAUCGUGCUUGGCUUGAUGUGGAAGCAGAGGGCGAGUCCGAUCUCGCAGCUCACGAUGGGAUGAACGCAUUCUGUGCCGCGCUUAUCCUUUCCCAAGUUACUCUGGACGAUUUCCUGGAGGCCGACCCAGGGCAGAGGAUGCAAUUCGGACCUUUGGUCGGGCAAGACAGAAUCAUGCAAUUCAACGAGGACCUCGCACUACGACUCCGGGCUAUGGCAGAGGCCAUCCCCUCCGACCCACCGACUGACAUAGGACCGACGACGAGCGAGCUUCUGUAUGCCAGCGGCUCGGACGUAUUCUAA